AGGAAGUGCCACUAUGUAUUACGAAAAGAGGACAGUAACGGAGCAUCCUGACGUCUUCUCGACACAUCUUGGUCAUUCUUUUUGAUAUUCUUUUACGUGUGAUCCCGAUGGCCGACACCGUCCUCAGCAUCAGGACCAGCACAGGAGGGCCGGAGAGGCAGGAACGAGCUGGACUCGAACAACACACCUAGCAGUCCCCACAUCCGACCACGUUGCCUUCACUGACCUUUGGCCUGACUCAAACGCGCCAGUCAAAGUUCACAUCUCCUCAUCAAGCUAAUGUAUUAAAAUGUCCGCUGCCAGACCCCACCACAACGUACCACGGGGGCAGCGAGCCUUGUGAUGAGAGGUUGACCACACCGCAGCCGUAGACGUGCACCAAUAAGACUUUGUUGAUUGAACGAGGCGUGAAAUGAAGAUUGCCAAGUUGGCGAGGAGCAACACAACUUGCCUCGGUGGACUGUGACCAGGAGGACAUCUUCUGUGGACGUGAACAAGACAAACACAAGAUGUCUCAGCUCCAUGCAGGCCUCAGCUCUGAGACCACAGAGAAGGCUCGCUUGGAACUGAACGAGAACCCGGACACGCUGCACCAGGACAUCCAGCAGGUACGGGACAUGAUCGUGACUCGGCCUGACAUCGGCUUCCUGCGAACGGACGACGACUUCAUCCUGCGCUUUCUGAGAGCCAGGAAGUUUGACCAGGUGGAGACGUUCCGGCUGCUGGCACAGUAUUUCCAGUUCCGACAGCAGAACCUCGACAUGUUCCAGAGUUUCAAGGUGGACGACCCGGGCAUCAAGCGAGCGUUGAUGGACGGAUUCCCGGGCGUGCUGGAGACUCCGGACCAACAUGGCCGAAAGAUUCUCAUCCUGUUUGCUUCCAACUGGGACCAGAGCAGGAACUCUUUCACGGACAUCCUGCGAGCCAUCCUUCUCUCCUUGGAGGUCCUGAUUGAGAAGCCAGAGCUUCAGAUCAACGGCUUCAUCCUCAUCAUUGACUGGAGCAAUUUCUCCUUUAAGCAAGCCUCCAAGCUUACGCCCAACAUCCUCAAACUAGCCAUCGAGGGCUUGCAGGACAGCUUUCCUGCACGCUUCGGAGGAAUCCAUUUUGUCAACCAGCCGUGGUACAUCCACGCCAUGUACACCAUCAUCAAGCCCUUCCUCAAAGACAAGACCAGGAAGCGGAUCUUUCUCCACGGCAACAACCUCAACUCCCUCCACCAGCUCAUCCAGCCUGAGUGCUUGCCGUCCGAGUUCGGUGGGACGCUGCCGCCCUACGACAUGGGCAUCUGGGCCCGGACGCUGCUGGGACCGGACUACAUGGAUGAGACCGAGUACACGCUGACAUACGACGCACUGCACGUCAGGGAGAACUGUGGAGGAGGCGGGGACAAGGAGGCCAUGAAGAGGUCUCAGUCGGUGAUCAAUCCCGCAACUCUGCGACAGACGGACCGAGAGACCAGCACUCCACUUCUGGCCCUGGACUGAACACACACACACACACACACACAUGCACAAUUGCUGUGUCAUCCCGUACACCUGAACUUUUGGACUUCCUGUCUCUGAGCCCACUGCACGACAGCAGUUAGCACUCUUGAUUGUUUAUUUGUGCGUCCACACACACACACACACACACACACACACACACACACACACACACACACACACACACACACCGAGUUAGCUUCCGAGGAGGAAUGUAAACGCUACUUUAUGAUUAUCAUGACUUUUAAAUUGUGUCUGCGAGAAGGACCGGAAUGUUUUUUUGUUUUGCUAAAAGGGUCACCACAUUGUGAGUUGCCACGCAGCGUGAAUCGUUGCAUCAACAAGAAUCAUUAUUAGACGUUAAUCAUGUUUGGAGGAAUCAGAAACUACAUGACAAGACUGGUAUUGUUGUUAGAAUGUUAGAAUGCCUGGUUUUGCAAACAAGCAUCCAAAACCAAAAACACCGUAAAACAAAUGCAACAAUCACAUCAGACUUGGCUACCAUCCGGUAGGCCUGGCUAACUUCCGUUUUGGUUCUUCAACUUGCAGCGUUUCCCUCAUGGAAGUGUUUUUGGAUCAGUGUUUGUCCAGUCUGCCCAUUAUUGGGAUUAAUGCCAGGUUGAAGAUUUAUGCUGCCACCUAGAGGACAGAAAAAAGAUUGCAGUGUUAAUGUGAAGCGCCAUGCAAUCAAACAUAUUUCUUGUUGAUGAAAUCUGUCUACCCGAUUGUUGCUUCUUUACUGCCAAGAUAUGAAAGUACACACUUUUAAGUAUCAAACGGCUUUUAGAAUGCCGGAAAUGUCACUUUGGUAGAAUACUGUUACUUUUUUCUUGGAUCCAACACCAUCAAAGCCACAGUGCUGCUGCCACUUGCAUGACAAUUAGGAAAGUUCUACCAGAGUGCCACAUUUCAUGAAUAUGUAUUGUGCUGAAAAUGCCAAAACAUCACAAAAGAGAAAGAUUGUUUUUAUUGAAUUUAAGCUACUUAAAAAAAAAGAUUGUAUAGUUCAUGUAUUAGCGCACUGCAAGAAAAGGUGCAUUUAAAUGCUGUUUGUUCUCAUUUUCUUUGCAGUGCGACUCCACAUCAGGGCUACACACAUCUCUAAUGUAUUUACUGCAGAAUGUAAAGUAAACAUUUACACCUCCACCUGUGUCUUUCAUUUGGAGGAGAGAAGGGGGGGGGGUAUGAGCAAACAGUGGAAUAUCUAAUAAUAAAUUUUAUUUUUAGAAUACGCAGAGGGAGAAUAAAACAAGUCCUGCACUC